AUGGAUCUGAGCCCUUUAAAUAUCUUGCCUCGGCCAAUUGGCGUGGUAUCAGUCGAGAGUCUGGGUGUGACAUUGCAGGAGGAAAGGCUUUUGCUUCCUACUGCGCAGGCUCCUGCCGGGGACACAGCUUCUCCAAUGUACAGUUCCUGCAGCGCCCACGACUUCCGCCAGCUCACGGUAGCCAGCAGGCUCCCCUGGCACCCAUCUCCAGUGGGUUUGCGGCUCGGUGAUACACCUCCCUGUUACCAGCUUCGCCUGCCGCCCUGCAAAGCCAAUUCCCAGCAAGUUCCAGAGCACAGAUUUCUACUACCGGUCCCUUCGGUGUUCUCUGUGGGGUGGGCUCCUCUUGACAGUUCUGCGGAGCUGCCUCCAGUGGGUUUCUUUCUCAGUCUUGCGGUGGAUAAUGAGUUCCUGCAGCAGUGGCCCCAUCUAUCCAGAGGUCUGAAUCUCAGCUUUGCCGGGGCGGGAGUUGGGAGGCUCCUCGAAUUUUCCAAGUGCCAUCGUCCUGGACUGCAAGUCUCAAAGUCAUCUAUGAAUAGUGAAACCAAAAAAGAGGCACCUGGGUUGAGGUCCCUGGCCCUAGAUGGGAGAAGAGAGGCCAUUGAGAGCACUAUGCUAUUCAAGACCUGCCGGACCCCAGGCUUUAGACCGUGUGGUUGACUGACUUCCUCCCUCUAGAUGCCUAGAGGGAAGGUUUGGAAAGACAACUUGCUGAGAAUGUAUGAAGAGUUUGGUGGAAAUUUCCAGAAGCCAGGAGCUAAAGAACUUCUCUAAGAAAAGGAGGAAAAUGUUCUCUGAGUGAAUUUCAUGUUACCUCGUCUACUUUCACUGUGUCCUGUGUUCAAAGUUUGCAGGAGUUUGCUUGACGGGUUAUUUUUGGUCAUUUACAUAAACAUGUAAAGGUCCAUUUGCUCAACAAAUGAAUACGGGUUGGUGCCUAUAAUCAAUGUGUUAACUUCACUGAUGGCCCUUACCCUUGAGAUUGCUUGUUUAUUUGUCUGCAGACUGGAUGCAUCUAGCACAGGACCUGGCACAUAGGGGGCUCAGUAAAUACUUCUUGCCUGGAUGGGAAAUGAAUGUGCAAGGUGUUACAAUGUGUCUGGCAUUACAAUGCCAGAUGCUGGCUUUAGACAGGUUGUCUGGACCAGCCUGAGAGGGGGUCAUGGCUGGCUGGUGGAGUUGUUUUCCACUCACUUUACAGUCCGGCGCUCUUUAAGUUAGUCACAGUCCCAGAAAGGGGCAGAGCCAAAUUUAAUCCAGAUCCCCUGACUCCCCAUGCUUUCUCUAUUAUUCUCUAUUCCGAAACCAUGUAUGUUGGAAAUAGAGGUACUGCUAUCAAACCUGUACAGAAUGAUUUGAAUUGUGAUUGUAUCUUUCUGAAUCCAAGCAUUUGAAUGCCAAAGUGCCCAAAGCAUUGCCUUUUAUUCUUUCCAUCAACUUGUUCAUUAACUCAACAUUACAGUUGUUCUCCAUUUUUAAAAAUCUUGAUGAGACUGUGCAGAUUCUAAAGCAUUCUUA